AUGAUUCGAGCCUUCAUGGGAUGUCAAAAGAAGAAAAACAAAUAUCUUCAGAUUGAAAUUUCAAAACUGCUAAAGCAAUUAGGAAGCGAGCUUAUGACCGCUAUAAAAGAAGGGCUGAAGUCUCGGCAAGCUGCAUGCGGGCUGUAUGGACGCCCCGUGGCUCAACCAGCUCCAGUCUGCUCGAUUUACAACGCUAGAAUCAAUCUUACCAGAAACCCGAGCGAGGCAAUAUUU